UUAUGGCCGCGCAGCGUCCUCUGCGGGUGCUGUGCUUGGCGGGCUUCCGGCAGAGCGAGCGGGGCUUCCGCGAGAAGACUGGAGCGCUGAGGAAAGCGCUGCGGGGCCGCGCCGAGCUCGUGUGCCUCAGCGGCCCACACCCGGUCCCGGACGCGGCGGCCCCAGAAGGCGCCGGGCCAGACUCCGGGCCCCGCCCUCCGGAGGAGCAACCCCGAGGCUGGUGGUUUUCCGAAGAGGCAGACGUUUUCUCCGCGCUGGAAGAGCCCACCACAUGCAGAGGUCUGGAGGAAGCCCUGGGAACCGUGGCACAGGCACUGAACAAGCUGGGGCCUUUUGAUGGACUCCUUGGUUUCAGCCAGGGCGCCGCACUAGCUGCUCUUGUUUGUGCCCUCGGCCAAGCAGGCGAUACCCGCUUCCCUUUGCCUCGGUUUAUCAUCCUGGUAUCCGGUUUCUGUCCACGGGGCCCUGGCCUCAAGGAACCCCUCCUGCAGGGCCCCUUGUCACUGCCUUCACUCCAUAUUUUUGGGGACACUGACCGUGUCAUCCCCUCUCAGGAGAGUAUGCAACUGGCUAGCCGAUUCCCUGGAGCUGUCACUCUCACCCACUCUGGUGGCCACUUCAUUCCAGCAGCUGCACCCCAGCGCCAGGCCUAUCUCAAGUUCUUGGACCAGUUUGCGGAGUGAAAGAACAAAUAUGUCUGUUCCUCUAAAAUCCCUGCCCUCUCCCCUACCCUGGGACCUCCUCUACUGUUAAGUGUUCCUCACCGUCACCCUUUAAGAGACAAGUAUCAAUUCUUAAGACUCAAAUGAUAUAAGCCCAGCUCUGCACUCAAGAAAAAGGGAAAUCAGAGGUCUUAAUGGACUUUGACCUUAGCAGCUGAUGAAAAAAGCCGUGGAUCCCUGAAUAAGAGGAGAUUGACAUGGGAGACACUGUUAGAGCCACACAAUAAAGUGGUGGUUUGGAUUUUGAGCAUCUAUUUCCUGACACAGGAAAAUCUACUAUAACAGAAGUCUGGAUUCUGUGGCCAUCCACACAGCCUCCUGGGCAGCACCAAGCAGGGAGGUAUUUCCACUUACAGGCCCCCAGGGCAAACUCAUGCAUUUGUGCACACAGGCAUUCACACAUUUUUGGUGGAAGUCCCAAAGGAAAAAGGCCUCCAUGGCUGAAUCAGAAGAAUUUAUAUCUCAGACAUUUUGGGAAGGGGUCACCUGGCAGGGCCCUGCCUGGGCCACAUUGAGUUUAGGCUUCCUCUGUCCUGACCUUUGUCCAACCCUGGCUUCUUGUGUUCACUUUAUCCUCCCUAACUGUGUUAGCCCUCUGACCCAUGAGUUGGCUGGAGGCCGAAGAUAACACAUAAGGGACCCUUUUCCAAACUGCACCCCAUUUGUGAAGUUUCUGAGAUUUAUGCUACCCUAUAGUAAUUACAGCCAAAGCCCAAAGGCAGCCCACCUAGUUUGAGAGUGCAGUCAGUUUAGGCACUUCCUUAAAAACUACCCAUUUUAGCUAAUUUCCACCUACUUCCAGUGCCCCACCCACCAACACACAUUGGUCUCUUCUCCCCUGCUUCUGCAGGACAGUUUACCAGUCUGUUCUGUUUUUUUGGAAGUUCACAACAGAUCCUAUUUAGCUCUCAAGUACGUUUAACACCAGGAAAUUUAGUAACUGGGCAGGAAUUAGGAUUAGGGGGUGCAAUGUAAAUAUUCCGACCUAUCCUAUGAGACAGUCGGCUGAUACCCCUUAAAUUAACUGAAGUUGAGUUCUUCACUAUAGAUAGACACUGUUCAAAAAAAAAGAAAGCUGGAAUUAACCUUGGACAAAUCCCCAGUAUAGGGUUUAGGAGCUUUGCAGCAAAAGUGGGGUUGGGGGCCUUCCCUGGUGGCCUAGGGGUUAAAUCUCAGAGCUAUCACCACAACUGCCUGAGUUCCAUCCCCAGCUAACCCACAUGUGACAGCAGACCUCUCCUGUCUCACCUCUUGCUCCUCUUAGCAGUGUAUUUCAUUAGAUCCGCCUGUUCUACUCCCACUCUGUCUCUGUGAAUCCUCUCUCCUCCCUUCUGACCUGCACCCCAGUUCUUUGACAGAUCUUUUAAAAAAGAUAAAGUGGGGUUGGAAGGAAAGCUAUUUUGCAACAGUCUGCUGAUUUGUUCCCUUGGCCAAAGUAGGAGACUGAAAUGGACUGAGAUACUCCAUUGAAUUACAGACCUGUUGGAAUUGGCCCGAGUUUUUGAAAAAUAUAUGUUUUAGAAAAUUUAAAUUUGGUUUAUAAUUUCACACAAAAAAUGAUUGCUAGCUUCUCUGGAAAUAAACAGAAUGAACUCUGGAUCUGCUGCUCAGGGCUCAUCUGCCCUCAUAGCAAUCAUAGGCUGCCCCUUUAGCAAGGUCCCAAGAGAUGAAGAUAACUUGUAUACCUGGGGUUAUUGUGAGGAUUAAGGGAGAGAAGGAGACAUGGGGAGGGGGAGGGGUGUGGAUUUUAAGACAAGACUUAAAAUCAGAAAGAGAAUAGAGCAGGGCAGUGUUGGGUGGAGCAGAAGUCUUCCUGCUUGGGUAAAGGCAAAGACUCCCUGGGAAUCCCAAAAUUUCCAAGCUAAAAGGAGAUGAAUCAUGUGGUCCACUGGUUCUCAAUAACAGAUAAGCCAACUCUCAUGAUGCCCUCCAGAAAUAGAUCUUUGGGAGUUCUGCCCUUCUUCACCCUAACCACCCCAACAGAUUCUGUGAACCACUCGCAUUAGGAUCAUGUUGGGGAUCAUGCUCCAUACCUACUGAGUCAAUCAUCAUCGAGACCCAGGAUUUUGCAUUUUGACAAACCAUACUGUCAUUUUCAUGCAACAUAAUAUUUUAAAGUCACUGCCUUAGAGUAGAAUGUAAGUCUCUGGUAAAUAAUCCUUUAAAAAAAAAAAAAAAAAGGCCAUGUGAUUUUCAUAUACUCCACUAGGGAGGAAAAGUAAACUCCGUGGGCCUCUGCUGGUGGUGCAGGCAGUUGAGCACCGCGCUAUGAAGCUGUCCACAGCCUGUGCAGUGCCGGUUCAAUCCCAGCCGGCCAGGGAGGGUCCCAUAUGGAGCAGCAGACCUCUCCUGCCUCCCCUGCUGCUCCCCUCAGCAGUGUAUUUCUUCAGUCUGCCUGUUCUGUUCCCCGCUCUGUCUGGUGAAUCCACUCACCCUCCCACAUAUCUGGCCUGCACCCCGGUUCUUGUAUAAAUAAAUAAAAUAGAUCUUUUAAAAAAAAAAAAAAAGUAAACUCCAGUGAAGAAUCAUGGAUCUGGGCCUCCCUGGUGGCCCAAGGGAUUAAGUCUCAGCAUUAUGAAGCUAUCCACAUCCAUUGCAGUUUGAUCCCCAGCCAAGGAACUGACCCACAUGGCGCAGCAGAUCUUUCCUGUCACACCUGGUCCCCUCAGCAGUGUAUUUCAGUAGAUCUGCCUGUUCUGCUCCCCACUCUGUCUCCGGUGAAUCCUUUCACCACCACCACCACCCCCCAUCUCUGGCGUACACCCCAGCUCUUGUAUGCAUAAAUAAGUAAAAAUAAAUCUUUAAAA